UUCGCUUAGGCUGCUAGUGGUAGUUGCUCUCUCUUCUUUCUUCAAUCUCACAGUCAUUUGAAUGGCGCUAGGGUUUCAUCUCAAUUAGAGGCAAAACUCUCUCCAAAAAGAACCAUGAAUUUCUCGUCAGCAGCAGCGCCUUCAGUAAUUCGCGGGAAUCUCGUCGUUCCUCUAUCGCACUGCACCUCUUGCUUCGAAUUCCAUCUUCGUUUUCAGCCCUCCAACGGUUUUCGCCAUUCUCGUUGUCGUUUGAGUGCCUUCAAAUUGAUCAGGAAUCCAAAAUCAACCAGGAGGAGAGGGAUUGCUUGUAGUACUACUGAACAACAUUCGGAGCCUGACGGUAACAACAAGGAGGAGAAUGAAGCACAUGAAAAUGGAGAGACACAAUCUUUGGAAGAUUCCUUUGAGCAAAGCAUCCCUCCGCCUGUAGAUGCAGAACAACUAAAUAAGUUAGGUGAUGAAAAUAAGGAUCAAAAUGAUGUGCAGAAUGUGGAUAGCAUAGAAGUUGCCAGUGGAUCUCCUCUGCCAGGUGUGAAGCCUCAGCAACUGGAUGAUGCAAUAAAAAUUCCGAAGGAAACUAUCGAAAUUCUUAAGAACCAAGUUUUUGGCUUUGAUACUUUUUUCGUAACAAGUCAAGAUCCUUACGAGGGUGGAGUGUUGUUCAAAGGAAACCUGCGAGGGCAAGCUGCUAAAAGUUAUGAUAAGAUAUCUAAGAGAAUGAAAGAUAAAUUUGGAGAUGAAUACAAGCUUUUCCUUCUAGUCAACCCUGAGGAUGAUAAGCCAGUGGCCGUCGUGGUUCCAAGAACAACCUUACAACCGGAGACAACUGCUGUACCUGAGUGGUUUGCUGCUGGAGCUUUUGGACUGGUCACAGUGUUUACCUUAUUGAUUCGCAAUGUUCCUGCUUUACAAUCCAAUUUAUUAUCAACUUUUGACAAUCUGAACUUGUUAAAGGAUGGCCUACCUGGAGCCCUUGUUACUGCACUUGUUUUGGGGAUACAUGAACUUGGUCACUUUGUAGUUGCCAAAAACAUUGGAGUUAAGCUUGGGGUUCCAUACUUUGUUCCUAGCUGGCAGAUAGGCUCUUUUGGUGCUAUUACAAGGAUAAGAAACAUAGUAUCCAAUCGUGAAGAUCUACUCAAGGUUGCAGCUGCAGGACCAAUAGCUGGUUUUUCCUUGGGUCUUAUGCUUCUGCUUCUAGGUUUUGUCUUACCUCCCAGUGAUGGUAUUGGUGUUGUUGUUGAUGCUUCUGUGUUUCACGAGUCAUUUCUUGCUGGCGGUAUUGCAAAGCUGCUUCUUGGUAACGUUCUCAAGGAAGGAACUGCAAUUUCUGUCAAUCCUCUUGUGAUUUGGGCUUGGGCAGGACUCCUUAUCAAUGCCAUUAACAGCAUUCCCGCCGGAGAGCUUGAUGGAGGGAGAAUUUCUUUUGCCAUAUGGGGAAGAAAGGCUUCAUUUCGCUUCACAGGAGUUUCAAUUGUGUUGCUUGGACUCUCAUCACUGCUUAAUGAUGUAGCAUUCUACUGGGUAGUUCUCCUAUUCUUCUUGCAAAGAGGUCCAAUUGCUCCUCUUUCUGAGGAAAUAACUGAUCCUGAUCGGAAGUAUGUUGCUAUUGGAGUAACAGUUUUGCUCUUAGGCUUGUUGGUAUGCUUGCCAUAUCCGUUCCCAUUUACAGACGAUACCCUCACAAGUUUCUAGAAAUAAUGGCCAAAUAAACUCUCUGGCAGCGCCGCUUUACAGUGCCAGUACAUGAAAGUUUUGCGAACUGAAAAUACACUAUAGGAUUUUCAAGGAAUCAAACUAUUAACUUUGGUUCAUAUGCUAGGUGAAUAAUCAAACGUCAAAGUUUUAGGCUCCUAACGUCCGAGUUUUGUAAUUCAUGAUCCAUUAACAAAUGGGCUAUUUUUUGUAAAAAAAUUUUAAAUUUCAGUUGUUCACAGCAUAUAAUGGUUGGAAGUUGGAACUUGAAACAAUAAUUUAGAAAUAGGAAGCAAAAAUGUCAUAUAGCUGGGAUCAAGUCGCUUUACCGAGAUAG